AUGGACCCGCUGAAAGAAUUAGCCAGCAAGGGCCUUUAUUCCCCGGAGCUAGAGCACGACGCUUGCGGCGUCGGAGUCGUCGCCGACAUAAAAGGGCGCAAGUCACAUAGAAUCGUGGAAGAGGGGCUUCAGGUCCUAGUGAACCUGGGCCAUCGCGGGGCAGCGGGCAGUGAUCCGGAGACGGGCGACGGGGCAGGUGUUCUUAUCCAGAUGCCGCACCGAUUGUUCCGGCGCGAAAGCGAGCGGAUAGGGUUCGAUUUGCCAGCGGAUGGCGAAUACGGCGUGGGCAUGGUAUUUCUUCCUCCAGAGGCGGAUGAGAAAGGCCGUGAACUUAUCGCCAGCGCCAUCGUGAACGAGGGUCUGGAGUUGUUGGCUUGGCGGGAAGUUCCUGUCGACUACGACCAGCUUGGACGCGACUCGCGCCGCCGUUGCCCCAGUAUCCAGCAGGUAUUUGUUGGCCCUGGCAAGAGCGGCCUCAAUUUGGCUCAACUAGAGCGCAAGCUUUAUGUUGUACGCAAGGUUAUAGAACAUUCCAUGAAGGAUAGUGGCCUUUCCGAGGAAGAGGCCGACUACUUUUACGUUUGCAGUCUUUCCUGUAACACCAUUGUUUAUAAGGGUCUGCUCAUGGCCCACCAGAUUUCAGGGUUUUACCUUGACCUGCAGGAAGAGGAGUUGGUCAGCGCCUUCGCGCUGGUACAUUCCCGCUUUAGCACCAACACCCUCGGUCAUUGGCGCCUUGCGCACCCGUAUCGGUACCUGGCCCACAACGGUGAGAUAAAUACCCUUCGCGGUAACCUGAAUUGGAUGCGUGCCCGCGAGUCCAUGUUCGAGUCGUCCCUGUUCGGGGACGACAUGAAAAAGAUCCCGCCAAUCAUGAACCCCGGCGACAGUGAUACUGCCAGUUUCGACAACGCGCUGGAAUUGUUGCUGAUGACCGGCCGUGAGCUCGACCACGCCAUGCUCAUGAUGAUACCUGAGGCUUGGGACCAACAUGAGACCAUGCUUCAGGAAAAGAAGGAUUUCUACGAGUUUCAUUCCGCGUUGAUGGAACCGUGGGACGGGCCCGCAAUGAUCGUCUCGUCGGACGGUCGCAACAUCUGUGCUCUGCUGGACCGCAAUGGACUCAGGCCUUUCCGUUACCUGGUAACCACCGGGGACAAACUGGUGAUGGCCUCUGAGACCGGCGUUCUUGAUGUGCCACCUGCAGAGGUAAGGUUCAAGGGACGAUUGCAGCCGGGACGGAUGUUUUUGGUCAGCUUGGAGCAGGGCCGGAUUAUCGGCGAUGAGGAACUGAAGCGCGACCUUUCGAGCCGUCAGCCCUACGGCCAGUGGCUGAGUGAGAACAGAGUUAGCCUUGAGACCCUGCCGCAGGCCAAUCCAGAGGCGCCAAUAGAAGCCUCGGAGUUGGUGCGCAUGCAGCGUGCUUUUGGGUAUAGCGUCGAGGAACUGCGGAUGCUCACAGCCCCGAUGGCCGAGUCAGGUUACGAAGCAAUCGGUUCCAUGGGGAACGACGCACCGCUGGCAAUACUGUCCGACCAGAACCAGUUGCUGUUUAACUAUUUCAAGCAACUGUUUGCCCAAGUUACCAAUCCCCCUCUGGACGCCAUACGGGAGGAGCUUGUUACCUCAUUGGAGGCGUUCAUCGGCAGCGAGCAGAACCUGUUUGAAGAGACGCCGCUCCACUGCCGACAAUUGAAGCUCCACUCGCCGAUCAUCGACAACGAGGAUGUUGCCCGUAUCAAGGCGCUUGAUUUGCCGGGACUGCGAACUGCGGUGUUGCCUGCGGUAUUCGAUCCCUCCGCCGGGAAUUAA